CAAGAUGGCGCUCUAGAAACAUUAAAGAGUGACACAAUGGGCAAGUCCGAAAAAAGGAAAACAAAGAACGCUUCACAGGCUACCACUAGUCCUGCAAUCAAAACUAAUCAUGAAGCGCUGCAAGCCUCUAAUAAUCUUGCGACAGAAAACCUGCAUGAUUACGUCAAGACAGAUUUACAGGUAGAUGCAAUUUCUGACGAGUUCAUGUUGUGCGAGGAGGAAUUUCCUUCACUUUUAGACACGCCAUGCAAAUCUCCUGCCGCCAAACAACGGAAGACUAAUCAGUCUGAGAUUGCUGACGUGCUCUCUCAACUUGGAGCACUUUCUCAGUUAAUAAACACUCGAUCUGAUUCCCUGGAGAAAAUCAUAGGAGAAAACACACGCGCGAUUACCAACAUGAAGGAGGUAAUAAAUGAAAACACCAAGCAAAUCACAAGUGUCAAAGAAGCAAUCGAAUUUAUGAGCGAAGAGGUUAACUGUCUGAAAACCAAGUGCGGUGCAGUGGAGUCCAAGAUGGGCAAAAUGGAGCAGACUACCUCUGAGCAGGAGAGAAGACUAGCACAUCUGGAAAGUUAUUCGCGACGUUGGAAUUUAAGAAUUUACGGAGUCCCCGAGAAGGAGAGAGAAGAUGUUCGACUACAGGUGAUCCAGUUGUGUCAGCGACUCCUGCCAGAGGACAGAGACAAACUUCCGAACACCAUUGAUAUUGCACACCGACUUGGUCGCAAGCAGCCGAACAAAACUAGAGGAGUUAUUGUUCAAUUUGCCUCCCGAUUUUAUCGCGACGCUGUGUGGCGUGCAGCAAAGGAGUCUACUUUUCUCAGGGAAAACGGCCUGAAAAUAUCUGAGGACUUAUCUCCUGCAGAUAAAGAGAGGAGAAACAAAUUAUGGCCGGCAGUGGAAAAAGCAAGACAAAAUAAUAAGCGUGCUUACUUUAUUGGAGGUAGGGCGUUUGUAGAAGGAAUUGAAAUAUUCCCUCCAGCCUGAAACUUCAUUUAGCUGACCUGAUAUACAUGAAACUUGUUUCACUUUGUGCCGAAACCGUGGGUUAACGAGAGGCGAGAUUUAAUUUAGAGAUUUUUGCCCUUAGGUUUAAUUUAUUUUUUCCCUUAAAAGAAGGCAAAGUCCAAAUAUAUAUAUUUAUUUUUAGUUGGUAUUUUGAAGGUAUUUAUUAUAAUUACUACCAUUCUAAGUUAUAAUUACUUAUAUAAUUUUGAGAAAAAGAUACUCUGGAGAUCUGUUUUGUUUUUGUGUUUUUUUCUUUUAUAACUUAGAAGGCAAUCUAAUCUCAGGAAUAUGUUUUUGUAUUUCUCCUUGUGGAGGAGAAAAAAAAAAACAACUAAGCCAACAACAUUGAUGGUUUUAUUAUUAUAUUGGCUGUAUUUACACUACAUAAAUAAGAAAUCUGAAAUUAUAAGACAAAAGACUACUCAAGUUCUAUAGAUGUUGAUGUCUAAAUUCUGAAUUGCACUACUUUAUUUGUAUUAAUAUAGAGUUUGCUGUUCUCAUCAUUUUACGUGUGUUAACACAUUUUCAGAGACCAAUAUACUCUACUUCUAUUGUAGAUCUUUCUUUUUUCCUUUAUGUCUCUAUCUAUAAUUUCUUUCAACACUAGAGGGUUAAGAAACAUUACAAAAAGGAAAGCAAUUUUUUUGUUUCUUAAACAAUUUAAGUCUGACUUUUGUUUUUUGCAAGAAUGCCACUCAACCAAAGAGGAUUGUAAUUUCUGGAGAUCUCAGUGGGGAUCUGAUUUAUGGAUGGCUCAUGGAACAAGUAACUCAGCUGGUGUCUGUAUUCUUAAAAACCGUUUUGAUGGGAAGAUUGUAUGUUCUAAUUGUGAUCCUGGUGGACAUUAUAUUUGUCUUGUAUUGGAAAUUUCGAAUGUAACCAUUAUUAUUGUUAAUAUUUAUGGGUUUAAUCAACAAAAACAUAAUGAAAAACUUAUUGAUCAAGUGGAAGAACAUGUGUUAAAUUUGCUAACCAAAUAUCCAAAUUCUUAUUUAGUUUUUGGAGGGGAUUUUAAUGUAGCUUUGGAUAACGUCUUAGACAGAUGGCCUCCAAAGUCUCCUGAUAAUUCUAGUUUGUACUUAAAGAGGUUUAUGCAGCGAUUUUCUUUACUUGACAGUUGGAGAGAAACUCAUCCUUCUCAAAAACUAUUUACGUGGAACAAUAAUUCCUUCUCAAACCAAUCACGUAUCGAUAUGUGGCUUAUCUCUAGAGAUUUAAACAAUGUAUCUUCUGAUAUUAUUCCAUCACCACUUUCUGAUCACAAAUGCAUCUCUAUACGCAUUCCUCUAUCAAAUUCUGCUAAUUUACAUAGAACCACCUCAUAUUGGAAGUUGAAUAUUUCAUUGCUUAAGUAUAAUGAAGUAAAGGAUAAAAUUAAUUUCAUAAUCACUAAAUAUUUUGAAAAAGCUAAUGAGGAAAACAAUUUUUGUAGUAAUUGGGAAUUGAUGAAACAUGAAAUUGGUAAAUACUUGCGUACUUUUAGUAGCAAAUUGGCUAAAAAGAAAAAAAAUGAAGAGAACAUUAUAAUAUAUAAAAUCUCAAAUCUUCUAUCUAAAACGGUUCUGUCUAAUGCUGAAAAAGUUGAGCUUGUUCAGCAUCAAAAUGUUCUAGAUGAGUUUUAUAAAGAAAAGGCUCAGGGAGCAUUUGUAAGAUCACGAAAAAGAUGGAUCGAGGAAGGUGAGCAAAACUCUUCAUAUUUUUUUAGACUAGAAAAACAACAAAUGAAAACAAAUUUGAUUGGAAAGCUACUAAUCAAUGGAUCUCUCUGUGAAGACCA